AUGAGUGUGCGGUAUGCCAAAACGGCUCGAGAAAUUUGGUUGGACCUUGGAGAGAGAUUUGGCAAGGGAAGUGCUCCAAGGGCCUUCGAACUAUGCAGAGCAAUUGUACUGUCACGGCAGGAGAAUAAACAAUCCGUGCCGACUUAUUACACAAAGCUCAAAAGCUUAUGGGAUGAGCUCAUGACAAUCAUGCCAUGGCCAAGGUGCUCGUGUGGUAACUGCAAGUGUGGCAUCGAGAAGCAGAUCAUGGAGAUGAAAGAGCGUGAGCAGUUGUACGAGUUCCUCAUGGGUCUUGAUGAUAGCUUCAAUAUUGUCAAGACCCAGAUACUCAGCAUUAAACCACUACCUCGGCUGGGGCAGGCAUAUCACCUUGUAGUAGAGGAUGAACAGCAGCGUCAGAUCUCUGCAAUAACCAAACCAUCCCCUGAAGCAGUUGCUUUCCUCACUCAAGCAAUGCAAAAUGGGAAGGAUGGCAUGGACCGACGAGAAUCAAAGAAAGAGAGACCCAAGUGUGCCCACUGCCAGAAGCUUGGCCACACGGAAGAUCGAUGCUAUGAUCUUAUGGGAUAUCUACCAGAUUGGUGA